UCUUAGCCAAUGAGCCAAAUCUCGGAUAUUUAUUGGUUCAAACAUUUUACGACAAUAUCGUUGAUACGUGACACAAAUCUUGAAUAUUUAUCUUACAUAAAAAAUAUUUAGGUGUGUGCAGUUAUAAAUUAAGAUAACCAGGACGUAUAACAAUAACUGGAUAUUAAUUUACCGUCGAAAAUUAUACUCAUUAAGAAUAUCGGAGAUGGAACAAUAUUUCAAAGUCGUUGUAACGCUGGUUUUGUUGGCCAUUGGUUGCCAAGCACAACACAAUUUAACUACGGGACAGCUUCAUUCUCGAGUGCGGGAGUUAGAAGAAAACUUGGCGUCUCUGGCGAAGCUUGUAGACAUGCAAAAAUCACAAGCUGUACCUGCAAAUAAUGUAGUUUCUGGUUUCGAGAAGAAAGGUUCAGUGCGCAUCGGUAAUGGUUUCACAUUAGGGACUUCUAACACAGGUGAAGUUGGCUUCCACGUAUCGUUAACCGACGAUGUGCCUCUCGACUGGGGAAUGAAGCUACCUUUUGACACAAUUGUAGAGAAUAUUGGUGAGGCGUAUAACAAAGCUGCAGCAGAAUUUACAUGUCCAAUAUCUGGAACAUAUCUCUUUUCACUUAACAUAGCCUGUAAGAAGGAUAGCUAUGUUGAAAUCUCUGUUGAAAUAAGUAACGGAAGUUACUCGCCUAGAUACAUUCUAAACACCGUUUGCGAUCACCGGAAGCGAGCCCUACUCGGCGGAGGAAGUCUAUAUUGCGGCAACACUCAAAAUGGUGGCACAGCGAUAGUGUCUUUAGCCCAAGGUGAAAAGGUCACGGUUAAAAGGUUGUGGCCGCGAAAUGGCAGUGGCACCGUCAUUCUCGGGGGUGGAUUUUCGACGUUUUCAGGAUAUCUCCUUAGAACUCCAUAAAAAUUUAAAACUCGAAAAACAGUUGAUGUAGUUAAACUCUAAAUGGAUGUACCACAUCAUGUGAAUAUACAAUUCGGUUAACUUCGUAGCAUCGUUUCUAGAAGUUCAAUAAAUGCACUGGUUUUAGGACAUCUAUCAGCACUGACUAAGAGAAUAAUCUUUGUGAUAAUCCUUGAAUGUCUCAUUGCAAGUUUCGAAUUUUAUUGAAUUGUGUCAGAGUCUAUUCCCUCAAAGGUACAUGUUUGUUCUAUAUUUGUACAGCUUGGCAAAAAAAUCUGUAAGAAGAUAGAAUGCAACCAAGUAAAAUAAUAGCAGACUCGGUUUGAUUGAGCCUGUUCAUGAGAGGUAGUGGAAAGUGCAACACCCCUCAUGCCCCCUAGCACCGGCUUAAGCGAAACUCUACAACCCAUGAAUAUUGAGUGGACUCCAUGAUCCUAAUGGACCAGAAAAUAUAACAACACUGAAGUUGCAAGUUCAUAUUAAGUUGAUGUAACAAAAAUUACACGUGGAUGAUAAAACAAGAGCUAUCGUUUAUGUACUAUGGCUAGUCUUACAAUUUAUUGAUUAAGGGUUCUCUAGUCAAUCUUUAAACAAUUGUGUGUUCUUUGACGCACACAAGAGCCAUAGACCGACACUAGGUAUUAUUAUGUAUUGUUGAUGCUCUGCUGUUUAUAUUUAAUAAAUUUACAGAAAGACUUUUCUAAUACCA